UUUGAGAUGGCUUCAAAGGAUCUCCUCCUCCUCUCCCUCAACCUCCUCUUCUUCACUCUAGUGAGUUCUAAUUAUGGCCCAUGCCCACCACCACCACCAAAAACUCCCAAGCACCACCACAAGCGCCCAUCUCCACCCGCUAUGGCCACUUGUCCUAGAGACACCCUAAAGUUGGGUGUUUGUGGUAACUUGCUUGAUGAUUUGGUGCACCUUGUCAUCGGAACCCCGCCCAAGACUCCAUGCUGCACCCAAAUUCAGGAUCUUGCUGAUCUUGAGGCUGCUGUUUGCCUUUGCACCGCCAUUAAAGGUAAUGUGUUGGGGAUUAACCUCAAUGUUCCUACUUCAUUGAGCGAGCUGCUGAAUUGCUGUGGAAAGAAUGUCCCAAGUGACUUCCAAUGUGCUUAA